AUGGCCCAGAACCAGUACGGCACCGACGGCGCUCUCGAUCGAGUGCUUCGCCUCGGCCAGAAGCAAAAGUCGACCCCCGCCAUCUUCAUCCACGCCGGUGCCGGCUUUCACAGCCACCAGAACGAGCGUGUCCAUCUCAAGGCCUGUGUCUCGGCGGCUGAAAUGGGCAUGCGAUUUCUCAAGGCCGGCGCCACCGCUACCGAGGCCGUCGAAGCCGCUCUCCGGAUCCUCGAGGACAAGGAAAUCACAAACGCCGGCUUUGGUUCCAACCUGUCCAUUGACGGCACAGUCGAGUGCGAUGCCACCAUUGUCGACCACCUCGGCCGCAGCGGCGCGUGUGGAGCCGUUCCCAAUAUCCGAAAUCCCAUCUCUCUUGCAAAGCUCAUCCUCGACACCAGCAACAUGCCACUGAGCCUUCGCCGCGUACCCCCAAAUGCCCUCGUCGGAGACGGCGCCAGAGCUUUUGCCGAGGAACACGGCAUGCCGACCUUUGCAAACGAGUAUCUUGUCUCCAAGAACUCUCACGAUCGUUUCUUCCGCUGGCAAGAGGACCUGAUGCGCGCCGAGGGUCGGAUCAAGGACACCAAGCUCAGCCCUGUUCCGGUCCCGAAAGCAAUGGCCUGUGUUCCCUGUCAAUAUGACACGGCAGCGGCCUUGGAUCCCCACAGGCGUUUUCCUCGUGAACAUACAGCCGCGAUACUGGCCGGCACGUGGAACGAAGGCCAGAUCGAUUCUCCGUAUGCCGGCACGCCCCUUCCCGAAUCCUCAAACUUGCCCGAGUCCGCAGUCUUCUCAGGCCAUUCCCGUCCCCUAGGUUUGUCGUUGCCGCCGGCGUCGCGUUCUUCCUUGCAGAUGCCAAUGUCGCAGACGCCCCUGACUCCUUGCAAGUUUCCUGACACCAAGAAGGACGGAGUCUUGUCCGCCAAGCCCAAGGGCAACGAGAAAUGCGCCGAUGCCUUGUCGGCUCCAAGAAACAAAGUCGAAGAGGAGGGCUUGGAUGACGAUGAGGAUUUUGAGCCACGUCACGAUGGCUCAGCUACCCCUCAAAGCUACCCUGGCACCAGAGGCACCGCGUACUUUGACAACAACCUUGAACUCGAUGCUUCUCGAGAUCUUAAGCGAUCGGACAGCGCAGCGACAUCAAAGGACCUCGUCACGGACACUAUCGGUGCCAUAGCAAUCGACGAGCGGGGCCAGAUUGCUGCAGGGUCUUCAUCGGGCGGCAUCGGGAUGAAACACCGUGGACGGCUCGGCCCAGCCGCCCUCGUGGGCAUUGGCACCGCCGUCGUACCGUGCGCCGAGAAAGACGAAGAGGGAGUGACUGUUGCUGCCGUCACGAGCGGCACGGGAGAGCACAUGGCGACCACGAUGGCUUCCCAGAGGUGUGCCGAAAGGUUAUACCAAGGAACUCGUCGCGGUCCGCGCGGUUUCGACGUUGAGGAAUACGACGAGGAUGCCAUUAUGGAAUCGUUCGUCGCCGACGACUUCAUGAACCACCCAGGAGUUCGGCAUUGUCAUUCGGCCGGAGCGAUUGGCGUCAUGGCGGUCAAGAAGUGCCGUGCUGGGUACUACUUUUACUUUGCGCACAACACGGACUCGUUCGCUCUCGCGUCCAUGGGGGGCCUCGAUAAGGAGCCUCACUGCACCAUGUCUCGGCUUUCCGAGGGUUCUAAGAUUGCCAGAGGUGGACGCAAGAUCCAACUGGCCUGA